CCGCCAGCUGUGGCUCGGGAAAGAGCGGAGUCUUGCUCCUGCAUUCCAGCUUCCUUGGCCUGAGCCUGCUUUUCUCUCUCCGUCCAUCAGUUGGCGCCUCCUGCCGUCCUUUUUCCUUGGCUUUGGGGGCUGCGGUGGCUCCGCAGCUCGCAGGUCACAUGGCCUGCGCGAGCUAGGGGACCCCCAAUACGGAGCUGCGCCGUGGGAAGGGAUGAGGCUGCUAGCACCCGAACCGCGCUGAACCCGCUUCUCCCGGGCUUCGGGGUCCUGCGAUGGCUCCUCCACGAGGAUGAGGCGGUCAGCCUAGGCGACUCUGCAGGCGGCCGCCGGCGGACGCAGGGGACCGAUCUGCCCCUCCCCCCUACCCGGUAGGUUUCCCUUUGGCAUCCCGGCAGGAGCGCCCACCGGGAGAGACCCCUGAGCGUGGGGACGAGGAUUAAGGGUGCCGCGGCUGGCAGGGAGCGAGCAGCUGCAGAGGCCGGGGCAGCCCGGGAAGGCCUGCUCCCCGGCCGUGCGCUCUGGGCAGGCGGCGGCCGCUUCCUUCCGGAGGACUGCGGGGACCCCAGAAGCGCGUCCUCCGCGCGGCCCGUGUGGGCGUCAGCGACGAAUGGAGAGCCUAGGUGAGGGCGCCUCCCCACCCCUCGCCUGCUUCGGUUACGCCUCCAGGCCGACAGGAAGGCGCGAACCCAGCGCGCGUGAGCCCAGGUUUGACUCACGCUGACGUGCAUUCCAGGAUGCUUUGUUCUUGGGAUCAGACCUGACCAGAAGUUGACCUCAUGAGUACACCGACCUCUCCAGCAGCCAUGCUGCUCCGGAGGCUGAGACGGCUCUCCUGGGGCAGCACGGCCCUCCAGCUCUUCAUCUUGACCGUGGUGACGUUUGGCCUGCUGGCCCCUCUGGCCUGUCAUCGUCUUCUGCACUCUUACUUCUACCUGCGCCAGUGGCACCUGAACCAAAUGAGCCAGGACUUCCUGCAGCAGAGCUUGAAAGAGGGCGAGGCUGCCCUCCACUACUUUGAGGAGCUGCCCUCGGCCAAUGGCUCAGUGCCCAUCGUCUGGCAGGCCACCCCCCGCCCCUGGCUGGUCAUCACCAUCAUCACUGUGGACAGGCAGCCGGGCUUCCACUACGUCUUGCAGGUGGUGUCCCAGUUCCACCGGCUGCUUCAGCAGUGCGGCCCCCCGUGCGAGGGGCACCAGCUUUUCCUGUGCAAUGUGGAGCGCAGUGUGAGCCAUUUUGAUGCCAAGCUGCUGUCCAAGUACGUCCCUGUGGCCAAUCGCUACGAGGGUACGGAGGAUGAUUACGGCGACGACCCCUCCACCAACUCGUUUGAGAAAGAGAAGCAGGACUAUGUCUAUUGCCUGGAAUCCUCCCUGCAGACUUACAACCCGGACUAUGUCCUGAUGGUGGAAGACGACGCCGUGCCAGAAGAGCAGAUCUUCCCGGUCUUGGAGCACCUUCUUCGGGCUCGCUUCUCUGAGCCGCACCUCAAAGAUGCCCUGUAUUUAAAGCUCUAUCACCCCGAGCGGCUGCAGCACUACGUCAACCCUGAGCCCAUGCGGAUCCUGGAGUGGGUCGGCGUGGGCAUGUUGCUGGGGCCCUUGCUCACCUGGAUAUACAUGCGGUUCGCUAACCGGCCCGGCUUCAGCUGGCCGGUCAUGCUCUUCUUCUCCCUGUACAGCAUGGGGUUGGUAGAGCUGGUGGGCCGACACUACUUUCUGGAACUGCGACGCCUGAGUCCCUCCUUGUACAGUGUGGUCCCCGCCUCCGAGUGCUGCACCCCGGCCAUGCUCUUCCCAGCCCCUGCAGCCCGCAGGACCCUCACCUACCUGUCCCAGGUGUACUGCCACCAGGGCUUUGGCAAGGACACGGCACUGUACUCGCUGUUGAAGGCCAAGGGGGAACGGGCCUAUGUGGUGGAGCCCAACCUCGUGAAACACAUCGGCCUUUUCUCCAGCCUCCGGUACAACUUUCAUCCCAGUCUGCUCUAGUGUGCUAAGAAAUGCCUUUGUGAAGUCAGCCACUUCGUGGGGAUUCCAGUGUCGAGCUCUGUAUUUGGACAUGGCUGCUGGCAGAUAUCUGGGUGUCUAAGGUUCUAGGGAUGCAGGCACUGGGACAGUCGAGUCUCCCUCGAGUCCAGAAGCUGGCAUUGCUGUCUCUCUGGACAUGGCAGCAAGCCAGGCCCCCUCCCCCCACACAGCCACACACUGCCUCACGGGUCAGCUCUGCACAGCCACGGGGCAUUUAAAUACCGGGUGUAUACUCCACUUGUUCCCAUCUCUGCUUUGUGAUAGAGCUUGUGACUGUAAAAGUAGAUUGUGCACAGUGAAUACAACUGUUGUAGGGUUUUCAGGGUAGAAUUUGAUGAAAAGUGAGAAAUUUUUGAAUGAUUUCUCUCUCACCCGGCAUGACAAUGGAUGUUAUGUUUAGAGUAUAUGUCCAAGAUGCCAGGUCCCUGUUGAUAGACACCAUUCGUUCCAUUGGCCUGGUGUAAUAAAAGCUGAUAAAAGCCGUGCACUGCUUUGGAGGCAGGUGAUCGGGCUUCUGUUCUGCGGCACUUUCUUUUCCACACAUCUGUAGCUCGCUGAUAAUAGGCAUCAUUAGCAAGAACUAUCAGGUAUGACAAGAUCUGGAAGUAUCUUCUGAAUUGUCUAAGCCAGACUGUCUAGUUUCAGUCGUGAUUAAUGUUGAAGAUUUCUAUCAUAUUCUGAGUCUUUGAAAAUUGGACAGUGCAGAAUGACAUCGAAUGGAUAAGCUCUUUAUUAAUCGUCUAUUCUUUUUUCCUCACUUUGCUGGUAACUGUUGACACUCAUUUCAUUUUUGGCUAGGUGGCAUGAUGUCAUAGUAAAUAAGUCAUGAACAGUGAAGUCAGAAGACCUGACUUCUUACUUCAGAUCUCUGCCAUGUCCUCAUGGUGUGAAUUUGAGCAAGUCUUACCCAUCACUGCACCUUAGUUUCUUUGCUUGGACAACUGGGACUGUGAUAGCCACCUUUUAAAGUUUCCUUGAAGAUGAAAUGACAGAUGAUGCUCGGUCCGUAGGGGAUAAUGAGCACAUGUUAGUUCUUUUCUCUACUAUAAUAAGUAUAUAGAGCUCAAGUGUCCUUGGAUUAAGAUAUGAUAUGAUACUGCUUAAAGUAUGAGAUGGGCAUAGAGCUAAUACCUGUGGAACAGCAGUUCCAAGCCAAAUAAUGUUCGUGUAGAAGCUGACUUUUUAACUGUAACAUUGGAAGGGUCUGUAGCUCAGCUUUCAUCUAGCCACAAAUAAGAAUUGUUCUUUCAAACCAGAAAUGACCCAAGACUCUCCGGAACCUAUUUGAAGACUUACAUCUGAAAAGUACCUAUCUCAAAAACUACAGGAAAUCUCCUCAGACGAGAUUCAACAAGUCCCUCUGUGAGGAGGAGUGACUAUAAUAGAAUCCCAGCAGCGGUCAAGUUUGAGUCAGUGCCAGAGCUCCCAUUUGUUUUUCAGUUCCCACAAUGAGCCCAAGAAUGGAGGGAAGACAUGGGGUUCAUCCCCACCCUUUACAGAUGUGCAAACUGAAGCUCAGAAAUAUUAAAUGUUCCCUUCAGGUCCACAUUGCUGAACAGCAGCAGACUCAUGACUGAACCAUCACUCUUCUGACUUCCAAGCCCUGCAUGGUUUUCUUAACCACCUUCAUUUCAUAAAAAUCUAUGUAGUCAAAUCCUCUUUUGUAGGCUGGACUAAACAAUGUCUCUGCAAACUAAGACGGUAGCAACUCACUGUCAUGUUGAUCUUGGGGACACACAGGCAUCAGUAUCAGGUGUUGUGUUGUUACAGUGAGCUGUUAUCUUUCUCCCUGGAAUGUCAAAGUGGUCAGAGCCACCAGCUGGCCUGCUGAGAUGUUCAGAUUCCACUCCUCCAUUCUCUCCCAGUAAUUCAUGCACCCCCAUGUUUGAGAACUGAUCCACCCUAACCUAGACCUCACUUGAGUUUUGUUGCAUUACUGAUUGGAUCUCCUCAUGAAAAUGUUUUAUCCAGUGACAGAAGAGCUGCAUCUAAGCUAGCCAGGGAAUCGUUGCUGGUUAACAUUUUGGCUCUUUCUAAUUCAGUUAUCUAUUGCAUGAAGAAGAGUCUCCCUGGCACCUUCAUUUUGGAUGACGAAGGCUGUCUUAGCCUUGUCUAAUUGCUCUACGCAAUAAGAUGUCUUCUCCCAUGGAUCCUAACUAAAGUCUGCUGACCUUGGGCACAUGCAGAGCAGGUCAGUGCUGCCUUCGUAUCCCCACCCACUUCUAGAUCAUCCUCUUUUUUGUCUUUGAUUUCUAGAGUCGAAUUUUUGUACAUUGUCCUCGAUUUGGACAGCUGACAGCUUCUCACCAAAGCUGAAGUCAUUCACUUCAUCCUAAGCAAGGGUAGGCAGAGAACUAAAGUAUCUCUUCCCCAAGUCAAGGGACAUUGUUUCCCGGAGGUGAAGGUCUGUAACAGUCUGUUCACCACUCAGACUUUCAGUCAGCCCUAAAAAGGCCCCAACUGUGAAUGAGUGUAUUUGCAUCGACUUAUCAGUUCAAAUAAAGGCAGCUGUUGUGCUGAGGCAUCUUGAGAAGAGGUUUGUCAUUCUCCCUUCUGUCGAUGGAUGAAUUCUUCUGAUGUGGCAAAUGGUGCCUAACAGACACACCCAUACAUGCGACAUUGAGGAGUCCCAGAAGUAUGGGCUGAUUGCUUAAAAAUUCACAACUGGUUUUGUUGCAUUUCUUAAAUGGAAAUAUUUGCGUUGCACAUUUUAAAAAAAUGUUGUUUUAAGGAGAGAAAUGAUAUGAAUACAGCAGCACAACCAGAGAACACAAAUAGGAUUAAUCUAAUGAUAUGAUUGCUUUCAUUUCCCAUGGAUACCUUUCUAAUUUGGGAGAAUUUGUCUAUUCGGGAGCUUAAUUUGGGUAAAGUGGCAUUCUAAUUGGAGGUGAUUAUGGUGGGGGUUUUAUAUAUAUCAUAAUGUGCUGUGAAUUACAGUAACAUGAUAUAAAAUUGGAUCAUUUUAAAUCAUAUGAACCAUUUGGAUUUUUUUUUUCAAACAACAAUGAUUUUGCUGGGAAAUGCUUAUGAACUGGCACUGUUAUUAAGAUUAUAUUUUAUCUCUGGAAGACAUUUGGGGAUGUGUCAAAGAGUUUGGAAAAUAAUUAGUCCUGAUGGCAAAAUGUACUUAAUAUAUUAGUACACAGAGGUCACGUGCGGUCCCUUGCAGGUUACCCCACUACUUGGGCUGCAGCAUAGCUGUGAAUCACCAUUCUGUAAUGAAUGGGGUUUUUUGACUUUGAAUUGAAUAAUUUUUCUUGACCUGAUAACUUACAUAGACAUAUAAAAGAAUAAACAGCUUUUUUUAAAAAAAAUCAAUGUAACAUAAAGGGGUCAUGACAGUGAAAAUGUAAAAGCAAAUGACAAAUGUUUCAAGAAGAAACAAUGGUUGGAUGACUGUAGAACUAGGGUCGCUUUGAGAAGGCAGGAAGAUGGGGGGAAGGACAAAAGAUGUUGAGUGAGGCAGUAGGUCUCACAUUUGUCACUGUUCUUGUGUGUCUCCAAUUCCUUCAUGUAACACAUCUUUUAUGUAUAACCCACUAUUACGAACACUUGCUAGGACCAGCCUGUGGAGAAUUCAGGGGAACAAAACAAUGGUAGUCAAUGUUCUGAGUGAACAAUGCAUUACUUUGCUGAGACCUGACUUCCUAUUGCAUUUAGAAUAAAAUUCAAAGUCCAUCAUAUUCA